UAUGGAGGGAUGACAGACACCAGAAGAAAUACAAAACAGCAUCUUUGAAGCCUGACCAAUGGACUGUGGCAGCCCCAAGUCAACUUAGCUUAAUUCAGCCUCACCAAACAUGAUCCCAGACUGAUCCCAGACUACAUGGGCUUGAUACAGCUGUCUGAUCCUAGAAUCUUCUUCAAUUCCAGCUAGAAUGCUGUAUCAGAUACUUCGCAGAUUUUUUCAAAAGCUGGUACGCAAAAAUAUGCCAACAGAGCAUGGGAUUCAAGUUAACAUCCACCUGAGCACUCUGGAUUUAGUUGCCCUCGGUGUGGGCCGCACAGUGGGUAUAGGUGUGUAUGUCCUGGCUGGUGAGGUGGCUAGCAGUCAAGCAGGGCCAUCCAUUGUGAUCUGCUUUUUGGUGGCUGGCCUAACUUCUGUGUUGGCUGGGCUGUGCUAUGCAGAGAUUAGUGCCCGUACCCAGGUUCCGCAUUCUGGCUCUGCAUAUCUCUACAGCUUUGUCACUAUAGGUGAACUCUGGGCUUUCCUCAGUGGCUGGAACCUCAUCCUCUCCUUUGUUGCUGAUACAGCCAUUGUGGCCUGUGCCUGGACCUUAGUUUUUGCCAACCUGUUUGGGAACCAGAUCGCUCAGACCCUUAAUGAGAACAUCUCACCUCAUGUUCCCCAAGUACUUGCAGAAUAUCUAGGCUUCAUUGUUGUGGGCCUAAUGUUGUUGCUCAUCGAAUUGCAGACUCUGCCAUUUCAUACAUUUUUCCUGGUUGCCAAAGUGAUUACAUUGGUGAAACUUUUGGUUCUUGUUUUUUUCAUAAUCUCUGGCUUCAUUAAGGGAGACCUGCAAAACUGGAAGCUCACAGAAGACGACUAUGUAAAAGCUGGACUCAAUGACACCUCAAGCUUGGGCCCUCUGGGCUCUGGAGGAUUUGUGCCAUUUGGCUUUGAGGGGAUUCUCCAUGGAACAGCUACCUGUUUCUAUGCAUUUAUAGGUUUCAGCAUCGUUCUUACAACAGUCAAGAAAGAGCAGAAUUCUCAGUGUUCCAUCCCCAUGGGCAUUAUGAUUUCACUGUUCAUCUGCUUUGUGCUGUAUUGUGGUGUCUCCUCAGCACUUACGCUUAUGGUGCCUUACUAUCAGUUUCAACGUGGGAGCACCUUGCCUGAGGCAUUUUUCCUUAUUGGCUGGGCACCUGCGUACUAUGUUGUAGCUUUUGGAUUUUUCUGUAGUCUUUCUGCCAGCCUUUUGAGCUUUAUGUUCCCCAUUCGUCGGUUGAUACACAUGAUGGCAAAAGAUGGCCUCCUGUUCCCUGUCCUUGCUAGAGUGCGUACUGGCUCAUACUCCCGCAUCAUGGCUUCUGUGAUAUUUAGUAUUAUUGCAGCAAACAUGGCAUUCUUCUUGGAACUCACUGAUCUUGUGGACCUCAGGUCACUUGAGUCUCUGCUAGCUUACUCCCUGGUUGCUCUUUGUGUUCUCAUCCUUCGAUAUCAGCAGAGUGGAGGAAAUGAACCAAUGGUUCAGGAGGAGAGUGGACUGGCAGCAGAAAGGCUAACUCUACAAGGACUACUUUUUCCGGGCAGCUCCUCCCCAACUCCACUCUCUGGCCGGGUUGUCCGUGUUUGCUCCUCACUGCUUGCUCUGCUGCUAAUUCUUCUUUGCUUGGUGCUGGCCCAGUGGCCAAUUCUGCUUUCUGGAGACCCAGUGUGGAUUUCAGUGGUUGUGCUGCUCCUGGUUCUCAUCACUGGGCUUACUGGGGUCAUCUGGAGACAGCCUCAGAGCUCCAGUUCCCUUCACUUUAAGGUCCCUGCUCUGCCUCUUGUCCCACUACUGAGCAUCUUCAUGAAUGUUUACCUUAUGAUGCAGAUGACAGCUGCCACCUGGGCCCGAUUUGGUGUCUGGAUGCUGAUUGGGUUUGCUAUCUAUUUCAGCUAUGGGAUCCAGCACAGCCUGGUCUAUUAACCCCACCUAAGUUAAGGCCAAAAUCGUAGACCUUGAACUCAGCAGUGCCAGUACAUAUUCUGUUUGAUAAAAUAACACCUGAAUGCAGUCUGGUCCCUUUGCAUAAUAGUAGAGAGUAUUUUUGAGCACAUAGAAAGUUAGGUCUCCCAUGGGUGCUGAUGUGGGGGAACACUAAUAGAGCUCUGUAUUUAUUGUGGAAUGAAGGAUGUGUCUUUGCUCUUUCUUCUUUAUUAUUUCUUACUUGUAUAUUUGUUAAUUAUGUCUAUAGUUGUUUAGUGGCUUUUAAAAAAAUAUUUAAAAAACUAGGGGUGCCUGGGUCUCUCAGUCAGUUAAGCAUCCAACUUUGAUUCAGGUCAUAAUCUCACAGUCCGUGAGUUUGAGCCCCAUGUCAGGUCUGUGCUGACAGCUCAGAGCCUGGAGCCUGCUUCAGAU